CAGUCAGUGGGCGAAAAUGCUGCACAGAGCGAGUGUGUGGCCUAGUUUUCAAUGAAAAUUUCUGACUGCGGCCCGGACGCAACAGGGCGGUAUAAAAGGUACAGACGGCCGGAGAAUGGCAUCCCAGUGGUCGACCAGCUCUCGUGGUGGUUACAUCUUCCGAACCCGUGGAAUUACCCCCAAACGGAUCCGCGAUGGCUCGUAUGUCUGCACUGGUGAUCUGCGCCCUUGCCUGCGUGGCGGUCUGUCAAGGCUCGCUCCAGAAGCGUGACACUGAGUACGCCCAGGAGCUGGGAUCCCCCGAGUACAGCAACAACUAUUACCAGCAGCAGUACAGGCCGCGGCCCGUCAAAAAGGCCUCCUACUCGCCCUUCGGAUGGGUCCAGAACCUGUUCCGCCGCAGCUCGUACGAUUCGUACGACUCGGGCAGCAGCGGUUACUCGGCUCCCAGCUACGGACCCUCCUACCACGCCCCCGCCAAGGGAGGGCCCGGCAUUGCCGACAUUAUCCUGCCGAUCAUCCUGAUCUGCGCCGGUCUUGGUCUGGCCGCCCUGGCUGCCGCCGCCUUCGGUAGCGCCCUGACCUCGUCCGGCCGUGGCCUGGACACGGACGAGUGGGAGGUGGACCACUCGGUCUGGAUGAACCAGCUCCAGAAGGACUUCGAGGAUUCGUGGAGCACCGAGUAAGCCGAAAAAAACUUCCACGGACUAUCAAAAACAACCCAGAAAUGUCGUGAGAACGAGUUUUGCGCGGCACUGGAGGAUUUGUGACGCGUGCCACGUGUCACGACCUUCAGUUGCAUGGCCUGUGAUGUGUGCCUGAUGUUGAGUUGUUGUUCAACGUGUUACCCUUGUUGUCAGAACGUUACGCUGUUUUCUGUUGAUGUUGAUUUUGUUACAGACCCCAUAUCGGUAUUAGAUGUGGGCCUUGUUAUAUGCGGAGAUGUUAGACAGUCGAUAUAGGCAAACUGAAUCGCAACUGUACAUUAUCGGCCUUCGAAAGGCUCAUCUGCUACGCUCUUUCAGUAGUUGAUCUUGCCAUCCGAUGCUAUUAUCCUUGCUCGUUUCGCUCCUGCUCACCUGCACUUCGAAUGACAAUCCAUUCCUUUGCACGCAUAUUGUUUAUACGUUGCCUGAAAUCUGUUGAAAUUGCUCAAUUUUUGUUCAAACUCUUUUGCUUCACUAAAAUUCAAUAUAAUUUUACUUCGGGGCUUUCAAUUGUUUUUUCUUCAAAUAUUUCCAUUCUUAUGACGGGAUCGCUUGUGAUUUAUCGGCCUACCUGCUCAAAAAGCUGUGAAUAUCAAAAGAUGUAUGUUUUUUGUCUCAGCCCUUCAGUUUUUUUGGUCGACAUCUUACUUACUGCCAAUCUGUUCAAUCACUUGAAAAUACGCGCUUUCUAUUGAGGGCAAAUGAUUUAUUCUGCACUGCUUCAUUUUCACUCAUGCACAAUGCCUCGAAAGCUACAAUCGUCUCAUUGAUUUUCUCAUCAUUCCACUUCCUUUUCCGCGCCACUCCGUACGAUGUCUCACUUUAUGCCUCCCUUUCUGUAUCUAUCCUUCCAUUCUGAGUGUUUUGCCCUGCUUUCAUGUGUCGCCUCUAGUCAAUGGUCAGUUGGGACUCAUUCGUUUUCACUUGUUGCCAAACCACUGACUUUGCGCGCCGUACGAAAAUAGCAGCCUUGUUUCCAGCGCAGUUUCCAAUCGCAGCUUGUGAAGCAGCCUCUUGCAAUACCGCCCUGACUGCCUACCUCGAAUGUCUGAUGGAAACAACGCCCGUAAAUGAGACAUUGCGAUUGCCUAUUGUAAUAAAAAUGCUCAAUAUUGUAA